AUGUCCAAUAUUAACACAACUCUCCUCAACUCAAUCCAAAAUAUUGAGGUUGAUCUGGCUGAAAUCAAGCAAGCAUUGCGCAAGCUUCAAAGGCAAUUCAGCAAUCAAUUUGCACCAGCAAGUUCUCUUGAGUGCAUUGCUGAGUCUGUAAAAAGAGCCCAGCUCACAGAGUACCCUGAUCAGCUCGGUAAGCAAGUAAUCAAUACUGGCGGCAAGUUUAAAGGAAAAAACAAAGCACAAAAAUAUAAUCUGUUGCUUCAGAUUCUUCACGAGCAGGACUGGAAGGCGCGCUGCAAAGAAGUUCCACAAGGACUAUCAUGUGGCCUCAAAAGAAUGGAAGAAUAUCUCAGAGAAAAACAGGGAAUACUAUAUGAUACAUUUGGAGAGGUUGGCAAAGAAUGGUGGAUUGCACAUCCACUAAUCCUUCUUCAGGAAAGCUUCAAGAGUAACAACCAGACACACAAGAGAAGAAUGGCAGAGAAGAACAAACAAGACAUAAGUGAUUCUUCGCUUUAUUCUCCUGAUAUGUCAGAAACUAGUGAUGUUGAGUCACCCAUAAUGGCAGAUGUGCUCCCAAUAAUUAUUACAGUUAGUACUGUAGAUAAUAUCUUAAAGAUUGUUAAGAUAAUUAUAUCAUACUGCCAGUAUUUCUAUAUGUCUCUAUUAUCAAAUAUUUUAUUUUUCUAUUGUUUCGUACCUGAAAUACCACAUUUUUUACUUUCAAUUCUCGAAAUGUCUCAACAAUCUGCUGUCAACUCUACUAUCGUUUCUGGUGAAGAAACCACCCGUGUCAACUCUGGUGUCAUUCCACCUCCUUCUGCUGCUGGUUCUGCCGACCACGAUGGUGAUACCGUGAUGACUCCCUUGUGUUCUGAGGACGGUGCCUUUGAUUCUGAAGAAGGUUCUUCUGGUUCUGAUGCUGGCCGUUCUGGUUAUGAGGGUGCCAAUUCUCCUCGCAUCUAUUUGGGUAACUCUGGAGUCAGAGUUAACAACAACCUUGCCACCAUGGAGAUGUUGCUAGCUUCUGCUGAGGAGGACCUCAACACUAAGAAGGGCAACUACUACGCCGCUCUAGGCCACUACUUGGGUGUUUCCAAGAGGGAUCCCACCUCUACUGCUGCCAAGUAUGCUUCCAAGGGUGCCAAGGAAGCACAAGAACUGUUUGCUGAGGCUGAGCAAAUCCUCAAGGACCUCAAGACUUCCACUGCUCCUGCGUCUAAGCCUCAUGACAAGAGAAGCACUCUGGUUCCCAGUAACCUACCUUUUCUCCAGCUUCGUUCUGAGGGUCCUCUGGUGAAGGCCAACUGCGAUGUGUUCGAUUCGGUGUAUGACUUCUGCCAGGAGUUUAUCACAGUCCUGGAAGCACACUCUCUGUCCUUGGAUUCCUGCUGGGAACGUCUGUUGCCCACUUGUUUGAACAAGGAAGAACGUUCUUGGUUUGAGGACAAGCUCAAAGGCAAGGCCUACAACUGGAAGAAGACCAAAAGUAUUCUUCUGGAUCACUAUGACACGCCGUUCCGUAAGUUCCUGAACAUGGGCCGUGUCUGGUGCAUGAAACAAGGCAAAGGAGAGUCCGCUCGUUCUUUUGGUGCCAAGUUCCAAAAGUUCCGCCACCAGGCCUCGUUGGACGAUGGUGUUCAAUUGGUUCUCUGCUUCUGGUGGAAUCUGCGUCUGGAAGUCCGGGAAGCUUGUCUCAUUCCUUUGUCAGCCAACUAUGGUACCAAGAUGCCCUCAAAGAUUGAGGACAUCAUCUCGUUGGUGAGUGUGUCAACAAGUGACUCCACUGCUUUGUUACAUAAUCCUGCCAAUGGUACUGCCGCGUCCUCCUGGAGUUCGUUUGCUGCUCACAAUGGUGCGUCCUCUCUCUCUGCUGGUUCCCACAAGGGAAAGAAAAGGUCUUUCUCUUGCGAGCGUGGUUCUCAGUCUCCCAAGAAGGCAUGGGACUUCAAGAAGGCGAUGAAGGAUGGCAUCUGUUUCUCAUGCAAGGCUCCCUGGGUUAAGGGACACUCCUGUCCGGAACAGGAGAAGUACUUGACAAAGGUGUCAAGGAUGGCAGUCCGCUCCUCUGCUGGUAGACCAGCAAGAGCUUCCACUGUGGUUGAGGGGAGUCCCUCGUUGUCUUGGUCAGAGUACCAAGACAACACUAGUGCUCUGGCCAAGAUGGCAUUAGAUUGUAAGUACAAUCUGAAAGACAUGGUUAUUAAAAGAGAUUUUAAGAACAUGAGCACUAAUAUUACCUUUCCUAUUUUGGCAAAUAAUUCUAUUAGAACCAUCUCCUUGUUGGACUGUGGGGCCACGUUCAGUUCGGUGGACAAGAAUUUUUGCUUGAAGAAUGGAAUAGCCAUUAGUUACAUCAAUCACAUUAAUAAAGAUUUGUUGAACAAAAACAAUGUUCAUAAGUAUUUUAUUCGUUUGGCUGAUAGCAAUACCCAGAUUAAAAGAAUCGGUACUUGUGUGAUCAGUGUAACUUGCAAUAGUAAGACUAUUCAACGCGAGUUUGAAGUGAUGAAUUUAACUAAUAGUCAUGAGUAUGAUUUCAGUAUUGGUACUGAUUAUAUGUCUUCUCUUGGUAUUGGUAUUUAUGGUUUACCUUUAUCAUAUGAUGAUGCUGAUUCAAGUGAGGAACGUAGAGAAGCCAAUAGACGCUUCAACAGUAAGAGUGAUCUUCUUGAAUCCAUUGAGAGAGAAAAUGAACGAAAGGAAAAUAAUCCGGCUGUAGGUCCCAAACAGUUUGAGGAUGCUAUGGAUUAUAUUCGACCGUUCAUUAAAGACAAUCAAGAUAUUCCUAAGGGUUCAUUUUGUACUAUACCUGAAAGUGUUGUAUGUUUGGACACCCCAGAAAAUGCUACGGCGUUCAGAAGCCCUUAUCCCAUUCCUUACAAGAUGCAAGGUGUAGCGGAUGAACAGGAAUACUGGCAAAGAAUUGGUGAAGCUCCAGAAGGUAUCAAAGACAUCAAUAAGGCCAAUAAGAAAUUAUUAAAGGAUAUGAAAGUUGCAUAUUCCGCACCUAAAGAAAAUUCAGGUACUAAAAGGAAGAAUUAUGCAAAGACAGCUUAUCAAAAGAAGAAACACAAUAAACUGUGUCAGAUCGAUAUGGAGCUAAUUUAG